UCUCGCCCUCAUCACAGCUUAGCUAAACAGCUUGUGUGUAAGCUAACUGUGACACCUAACGUCGUACUUUCCCCCACCGAGCAAUGGAGGUGACGAUGGACCCUUUGUUUCUGGCGCUGAGCUACUUCAGGAGGCGAAGGCUCCAACAAUGUUCAGAUAUUUGCACUAAAAUAUUACAGGACAGCCCGUACGAUCAGGCUGCAUGGAGCUUGAAAACUCGCGCUCUUACAGAGAUGGUAUACAUCGAUGAGAUUGAGGUCGACCAGGAAGGGAUAGCUGAGAUGAUGCUGGAUGAAAGCUCUAUUGCUCAAGUUGCACGACCAGGAACAUCACUGAGGCUCCCUGGAACAAGUCAGGGCGGAGGUCCCACACCGGCCGUCAGGCCUUUAACACAAUCAGGGCGUCCUAUCACAGGGUUUGUGAGGCCCAGCACACAGUCAGGACGUCCUGGGACAAUGGAGCAGGCCAUCAAGACCCCACGCACUGCAAGCACUGCUCGUCCCGUCACUAGUGCUUCUGGCAGAUUCAUUCGUCUGGGAACAGCGUCGAUGUUAACCAAUCCAGAAGGACCAUAUAUAAACUUGUCGAGACUAAAUCUUGCCAAGUAUUCCCAAAAACCACAUUUAUCCAGGACAUUGUUUGAGUACAUCUUCCAUCAUGAAAACGAUGUUAAAAAUGCUUUAGAUUUGGCUGCCCAAGCUACUGAACACGCUCAGUUCAAAGACUGGUGGUGGAAAGUUCAGCUCGGGAAAUGCUACUACAGGCUGGGUUUGUAUCGAGAGUCAGAAAAACAGUUUCGAUCAGCUCUCAACCAUAAAGAGGUGGUGGAUACAUAUCUCUACCUUGCAAAGGUGUAUCAGCGCCUGGAUCAACCAAUAACAGCACUUAACCUUUUCAAGCAAGGUCUGGACCACUUUCCUGGUGAGGUUACUCUUCUAACAGGAAUCGCUCGCAUACACGAGGAGAUGAACAACAUCUCAUCAGCCACAGAGUAUUACAAAGAUGUGCUGAAGCAGGACAACACCCACGUGGAGGCUAUAGCCUGUAUAGGCAGCAAUCACUUCUACACGGAUCAGCCUGAGAUCGCCCUGCGCUUCUACCGACGGCUACUUCAGAUGGGGGUGUAUAACUGCCAGCUGUACAACAACCUGGGCUUGUGCUGCUUCUACGCGCAGCAGUACGACAUGACUCUGUCCUCGUUUGAGAGGGCUCAGGCCCUGGUGGCCAAUGACCAAGAGCAGGCGGAUGUGUGGUACAACAUAGGACAUGUGGCUGUGGGCAUAGGAGAGUUGACACUGGCCUACCAGUGUUUUAAACUGGCGUUGGCUUUUAAUAACGACCACGCGGAGGCCUACAACAACCUGGCUGUGCUGGAGCUGCGCAAAGGUCGUAUCGAACAGUCUAAAGCCUUCCUGCAGACGGCCGCAUCACUGGCCCCUCACAUGUACGAGCCACACUUCAAUCUCUCCAUUCUCUCUGAAAAGAUCGGAGACCUUCAAAGCAGCUACACUGCCGCCCAAAAGUCGGAGGACUCCUUCCCGGAGCACGUCGACACUCAGCAGCUUCUGAAGCAACUUCGGCAGCACUUUGCGGUGCUGUGAGCGUCCGACCAGCAUGCUUGGAAAGCAAGGUGUGGUUUGAAUAAGGCGGUAGUUAAAGAUAAGACAUGUUGCACUGCAGUGGUGGCCAUGAGACUCCGGAACAACAAGUUAUGACAAAUGAGAUCGGCGGGUAAGUUAGAAAUGGAAAUCAACAAAUGGUCAUUAGUUUUGAUUUGUGUUUAUUUAUCGAAUGAUACGUACACACAAUAGCUGACAGCUGUUUUGGGAAUAAGCUCCGGUGGUUAAGUUAACUCAAACUUCUUUAUCAUUCCCCAUAAUGAUAAAUGUUUGUGACAUCUGCAAUCUUAACUUAACAACUCAAUGCUAACUGACACUUUACGUGUUGCUUUGUCACGCAACAUAUGACUUUUAAGAAUGUACGUGAAGCUGGGUGUUUUCCUGAUAAACUGGUACGCUAGUGUAUAGAUCUGUAUAGUUGCAAUUAAAAUGUACAUAGUAACAUUAUUUAUUACAGGAUCAUUUUGUAGUUAAUUUCAUAAAUCAAAUGUAUUUUUGGUAUUUUCACCUUCCCUGCCAUUUUGAAGUCUCAACAAAUAUUGACAUGACAAUAAAAGAGAUGUAAAAGUCCUUAAAACCAAAAGUUAAUUCUUCAUUCAAACAAUUAAUCACAAAACUGCUUAUAUGACAACACCACACAGGUCACCAGCUGCUGCUUUGACAUGAAUGAGUGGUCAGAUGUCAAGCAGUGAGCUCACAGUUUGGACAUGUGGCCAUCAGCAGGCCUCACACAUCUGGCAGAAAGGCAUCCCUCACUGAGUCACUGCUGCUCUUGGUGAGGUGUUUUGGGUGAGGUCCGUGUGACUCAGGAAGUCCAGAGAGACGUAAUAGAAGCAGGAAAAUCACUUAAUUUCACACUUAAGAUAGCGUUCAUGUUAAUAGAUGAUAGUUAGGUUUGUCUACUGACUGAAUCAGAUGAGAUGCAGGUAUAAUUUAGCACAUUUAACUUGUGCACAAAGUGUGUAGAAAAGGGCAGAGAUAGCGUUUCAAGUGUAUUCAUUUCCUGCUCUUUGUAACAAACCAGAUAAGCUCUUGUUGACACCCCAAGAGCGAGCUAAGGAUUGUGGGAAGUUAUGUGAGAUCUGUGAUUACAUUUGACAGUUAUCUGAACAGAAAGGCUUCAGUGAUGUUUUUCUUUAGAUACCCCAUCAGUGUUUGUAGCAGCCUUCUGCAUAGCUGCUUCUUCCCCAUCAGCUGGUUCCACAGAGAAACCACCACAUCAACCAAUGUUUAGAAACAUUUUAGAAAUCUAGCCAGAGAGUGUUCGACCAAUCAAUAAAACAUAUUUUGCUAGAUGCUGAAGGAGAAUUUUUUUAAAGACCGAUAGCGCCACCGUUUGGCUUAAUUAAUCCAGGCAGUUAAAAAAGUAGAUCACUUGAUUUCCAAAGUGAUUAUUCCAUAAGAAAUACAUUACAAAGUCCAUUCUGUAGAAGAACUGAUCAUUUAUUUUACAGAGAACAAAACAUGUUAAUAUUUACAAAUGUGGACAAUGGCAACAGUCCUGUGCCGACUGGUCUUUGUCCCAGGAGGCGAUGACAUUGGCCUCCAGUAAACAUCACUUUUCCCACUUCUCUGUUAUCUGAGACAUGUGAAGCGUGCUCGACCCAGCCUGGCAUGCAGCGUGAACACUGAAGUGAGUCCUGAGGAAGAAACCUUUGGUGAUGACAUUGGCUCCUUGGACAUCCAGUAAACGACAUCACUGCCGAUUUCAUCAACAUUGACCCAGAAGUAGAGGCUUUAUUGGUAUAGCGAACCGCUAACACGUGCUAACUAACAUGCACAACACUUAUAUAUAUAUAUUUCAGUCACAUAUAAUUAACAUAUUUAGCAUGAAACGACUUAUUAGAACAUAGAGAGCUGAUUUGCUUCAUUAUGAAUAAAUAAUACGAUGUGUAGGAGCCAGAAAAAACUAGAGACUAUAGUACUGCGAGGCUAUUACCAGUUUAGCUAGGUUAGCACUCGACAGUCAGUCUUAAAACAAUACUCACGUAGCUACUAAACAACUACAUUAACCCAAAAUAAUCUUCAAAAAUGUUCAGUACACAUUGGUCCCCAAUUUAUACAUCGCAUUUGGCGCACUUUACAUGUAACUAACCUGGGAAAAACAGGAAAAAGUAUGAGGCAAGCAAACACGUGGCUUCUCUUAUUUAACGUCUCCUCGAGCUAUGAGAAGACGCUGCUGCACGCGCACAUACAAGUCAAAGGUCACAAGGUGAAACCACAGCGCUGCACUGCCACCUACUGGCCAUAUGUAGACAUACACUUCUGGGGAAGUUUUAUUAUGAUUACGAAAAUCAUCAAAAUUCGUCGUAUCAAAUAUUAAUCAAAUAAACAAAAAUGUGACCAUACAUUUAAUGUGCGUCACAGAGGCACUUGACUCCAUGUCUCUUUGGUCACACUUCACACACAAAUGUGAAAAAACAACAACUAUUAAAUCAACUCUUACUCUUCUUUGUGCAUCACAUUGCAUUGAACGCUGUUGGACUCUACAGGAAGUAGACUCCUCCAAAAUAAGACAGCAAAUUACAUCUUCAUGUCUCAGCUACACGUGUAAAUAAAACUGACACACAAUAUUGUUAACACAAUAAUCUAUAAAUUAUCUGACUAAUGUGCAGUUUGCUUGCUGAAAUAAUCCUGACAAACCAAUGCACUUACAACUUCCCUAGAGCCUGCAUGUUCAAAUAGUUUUGUAUUUUUUGUACUAUAAGAUAAAGGAGCCAUACAGCACAUAACUGAAGGUGGGAAAUGUCUUCAGACUAAUGUUAAUGUCUUCACCGGCCAUGGGUAACCUCAAAAUGUAUGUUGGAUGCUGUAUGAAAUAUAUAACUUCAUCAAUGUUUUUGCUUUUAUUUCAUUGAUAUAAAUGAAAUCCAGAUUUUAAAUAGCUACAUAUAACUAUGUUCAUUUUUAUGAAGUGCUUACAGAGAAAGAAAACAAUCAUGAAAUUAAACUUUUCAAUGUGUUUUCUCUAUGACAGCUACCUUGUUAGAUUUCUGUCCCUGUUGAUGUGUAUGGGGAUUUCUUACUAUGCAGUUACAGUAAACUUGGGCUGUGAGUAUUUCCUCAAUUUAAUAAUAAAACUAAAAUAAAGAUAAUAAUAAAAUAGACAUAUGGACGGAGCUAAUACUCUUUGCGAUGCUUU